AUGGAGGGCCUUUACUACAACGUCAAAUACGGCUACAUCGAGGGCAUCGUGCGCGGUUACCGCAAUGCACUGCUCACCAGCCAGAACUACAGCAACUUGACCCAGUGCGAAACCAUCGACGAUGUCAAGCUGCAGCUCUCGCCCGCGUACGGCGACUUCCUCAACUCAUUGCCCCCGAACCCGUCGACGUCUGCCCUCGCCGCAAAGACCACCGACAAGCUCGUGGCCGAGUUCCGCUAUCUCCAGGCCAACGCUACCGGCUCGCUCUCCAAGUUCAUGGAAUACCUCACGUACGGCUACAUGAUCGACAACGUCGCGCUGCUGAUUACCGGCACGCUGCACGAGAGGGAUACGCGAGAGCUGCUCGAGAGGUGCCACCCACUCGGCUGGUUCGAGACCAUGCCGGUGCUGUGCGUGGCGACCAACAUCGAGGAGCUAUACAACUCGGUUCUGAUCGAGACGCCGCUCGCACCCUACUUCAAGGGCUCGCUCAGCCACCAGGAUCUCGAUGAACUCAACAUUGAGAUUAUCCGCAACACCCUGUACAAGAACUACCUCGAGGACUUUCACCAGUGGAUCAACUCUUGCUCUGACAUCGCCGGAACACCCACGUCAGACGUCAUGUCCGAGGUCUUGGAGUUCGAGGCCGACCGCAGGAGCAUCAACAUCUCCCUGAACUCGUUCGGCACAGAGCUUUCCAAGGCAGACAGGAAGAAGUUGUACCCAGCUUUUGGCAAGCUGUACCCAGAAGGCACUUUGAUGCUAUCGAGAGCAGAUGAUGUCGAGGGUGUGCGUAUUGCCGUUGAGAGCGUCGCCGACUACAAGAUGUUCUUCGACCAGACCGGUCUCAGUGGAGGUGGCGGUGGCGGCGUAGGCAACAUGGCUGGUGGUGUUGGUGGUGAGACGAGGAGUUUAGAGGACCUCUUUUACCAGAAGGAGAUGGAGAUCUCCAAGCUCGCAUUCACCCACCAAUUCACCCACGCCAUUGUCUACGCAUGGGUAAAGCUGCGCGAGCAGGAAAUCCGUAACAUCACAUGGAUAGCCGAGUGCAUUGCGCAGAACCAGAAGGAGCGCAUUGGCAACUACAUCAGCGUCUUCUAGGUGUACGCAUCAUUGUAGUAAUAGCAUGUUUGGGUCCAAGUAAGGAAUAUCUUGGCUGGCGUUAGGGUACGGUUCGUAUAUCCAACUUUGUUAGAUUGCAUAUCUUCUCACAUGUGUCUUCUGUCUUCGUCGCUGUUCCCGUUCUGUGUCAGAUGUUAGGAGACCUGUUCUGUACUUUCACCGCCUCAAGUAUCGUCUUGCCCUCGUCAUUGUCACCAGCUAACAUACAGCAAUUCAUCACCGUGUCCCAAUCUUGAUAGCAACCCAGACAUCUGUGUGAUAUGGAGUACUCGCAGAUUCGGUUUAGUCAGACCUACAGCAUCCAAGUCUGAUAUUUUGAUCAACAAUUCAGCUUACAAUCGCUCUUAUGUCAUAGUGGUCGUAUAAUAAUUGUCAUUGGUCAUACUUGGAAUCAAUAAUCGACUCCAACGAGACCCCCGCAAAACAGAUAUCAGCAUGUCAUAGUCUGUACGACACAUGUGAAGAG